CAACGGAAAGAGCCGAAGAUGUCGGCUCGGUCAUGUGAUCAGCUGUGUCCAAUCACAGCUGAUCACAUGUAAACAGGGAAAUGCCAGUUAUUGGCAUUUCUCUCCUCACAAACUCAGUGCCACCUGUCAGUACCCAUCAGUGCCAGCUGUCAGUGCUCAUCCAUGCCACCUGCCAGUGCCCAUCAGUGGCACAUCAAUGCCACAUAUCAGUGCCUACCAGUGCACAUCAAUACCAUAUAUCAGUGCCCAUCUGAGCUGCCUUUCAGUGCCACCCAUCAGUGCCUGUCAGUGCCACCUAUCAAUGCCAGUCAGUG